UUUUUGAAGCAAAAGUCGAAGAUCUCUGCCUCCCGUAAGCUCAUGCUAAAGAGCUUAAUGGUGGCCAAGGCGAAGGAGGAGAUCGAGCAGGAGAUAGUGGAUAAAGAGGAGGAGAAGGAGAGGUAUCUGGCAGAGAGAGCUCCUCCCUUACAGAUUGGUGGCAUGUCCUUUGCUGAGCUCCAGGAGUUAUGUCAGGAGUUACAUGCCAAGGUUGAUGUGGUGGAUGAGGAGCGAUAUGACAUUGAAGCCAAAGUCAUGCACAACACCAGAGAGAUAAAGGACCUGAACAUCAAGGUUCUGGACCUGAGGGGGAAGUUCAAGCGGCCCAAUCUGAGGAGGGUGAGGGUCUCUGCUGAUGCCAUCCUGCGCUCCCUUCUAGGCUCCAAACACAAGGUCUCCAUGGACCUCCGGACAAACCUGAAGUCAGUCAAGAAGGAGGACACAGAGAAGGAGAAGACAGUAGAGGUCAGUGACUGGAGGAAGAAUGUGGAGGCCAUGUCUGGCAUGGAGGGAAGAAAGAAGAUGUUUGACGCAGCGAAAGGCCCCGCCCCAUAGACUCAGAAGAGAAUACUAAACAUUUGGUUUCCUUGUUUCUUUCAUUUUUAUUAGUCCCGGACAUUCAAAAUGUACGAACGGUUGGCCUUUUAAUCUCUUGUGAAUGUAUCUACUUUGUCUUUCAGUGCGAUUAAUACAAUUGUUUUAUUCUUUGUUCAGCAUGGUUUAUACAGCACAAGCUGUUAGCUAAUCACAAUUUUAUGUUAUUUUGUUAUGGGUGAAAAAGGGCAUGAAGACAAUUUCUGCUCCUCACUGAUAAUAUUGGCCUGAGAAUAAAUGAUAAAGUAAGAUAAGCCAGCUUUACUUUAAAGCUGUAGAUGCUGUAGAUGUUUUGCUUGAUGUACAUUCAUUGUGGCAUAUCCUUCUACUACAAUAAAAAAUAUUAUUGUUUA